CAGGCAGAAAAAGCCGGCUCCGAUUGGGCGUAGUAGGACCAAGGCGAGCGAGCGAGCGAGCGAGGGAGGGACCGAGGGAGCGAGGGAGGGACGCGAAGAGGAAGAGAGUUGGGCUUGCAGCGAUGAAAUGUAAACACGGGCGAGGGAAAGGCACCUCCUCGCUCCGGCCAGUAAGUUGAUCGCCCCACGCCUCCCUGCCUCGCGAAGGCUGUCUCUGAGGGGCUCCGCUCGCCCCGGGACUGGAUGAAUUCGCCAAAGGAGCGUACCCAGCUCAGGGAGACGCGCCCUCUUCCCUUCCUCCUUCGGAUGGAUUUAGCGUCUGGAGCGAGCGGCAUGCCCUAGCCAUGGAAAUGAGUAUGAAGAAGUUCACGGUGCGCAGGUUUUUCUCGGUCUAUCUCCGCAAGAAAUCGCGCUCGAAGAGUUCCAGUCUCAGUCGCUUUGAGGAAGAAAGCAUCGUGAAGGAGAUAGACAUCAGUCAUCAUGUCAAGGAAGGUUUUGAAAAAGCAGAUCCCUCUCAGUUUGAGCUACUGAAAGUAUUGGGUCAAGGCUCCUAUGGAAAGGUAUUUCUAGUGAGAAAAAUCAAAGGAUCUGAUACUGGGCAGCUCUAUGCAAUGAAGGUACUUAAGAAAGCAACUCUGAAAGUCCGAGAUCGUGUACGAUCAAAAAUGGAAAGAGACAUUUUGGCCGAAGUGAAUCAUCCUUUCAUUGUAAAACUUCAUUAUGCAUUUCAAACAGAAGGAAAACUGUAUCUCAUACUAGAUUUCCUACGAGGAGGGGACCUUUUUACCAGACUUUCUAAAGAGGUUAUGUUUACAGAAGAAGAUGUUAAGUUCUACUUAGCUGAGCUGGCCUUGGCUUUAGAUCAUCUUCAUGGUCUGGGUAUUAUUUACAGAGAUUUGAAACCAGAAAACAUUCUUCUAGAUGAAGAAGGACACAUUAAAAUUACAGAUUUUGGCCUGAGCAAGGAAGCCAUUGACCAUGACAAGAGAGCUUAUUCAUUCUGUGGGACAAUAGAAUACAUGGCUCCAGAGGUGGUCAACCGGCGAGGGCACACACAGAGUGCAGAUUGGUGGUCCUUUGGUGUCCUAAUGUUUGAAAUGUUGACAGGGUCGCUGCCGUUCCAGGGGAAAGACAGAAAGGAAACAAUGGCACUCAUUCUGAAAGCCAAGCUAGGAAUGCCACAGUUUUUGAGCGUAGAAGCUCAGAGUUUACUGCGAGCUCUUUUCAAGAGGAAUCCAUCUAACAGAUUAGGUGCUGGCCUUGAUGGAGUUGAAGAGAUUAAACGUCAUCCCUUUUUUGCUACCGUUGACUGGAAUAAACUAUACAGGAAAGAAAUCAAGCCACCAUUUAAACCUGCAGUGGGGCGGCCAGAGGACACUUUUCAUUUUGAUCCUGAAUUCACAUCACGGACCCCAACAGAUUCCCCAGGUGUCCCUCCAAGUGCCAAUGCUCAUCAUCUCUUCAGAGGAUUCAGCUUUGUGGCAUCCAGCUUGGUGCAGGAACCUGUACAGCAAGAACCACAUAAAGUCACAGUUCAUCCAAUUGUACAGCAGUUACAUGGGAACAAUAUUCACUUUACAGAUGGAUAUGAAAUCCGGGAAGACAUUGGCAUUGGCUCAUAUUCUGUUUGCAAGAGGUGUAUUCACAAAGCCACAGAAGCAGAGUUUGCAGUAAAGAUAAUUGAUAAGAGCAAAAGAGACCCUUCAGAGGAAAUUGAGAUUCUUCUUAGAUAUGGACAACACCCAAACAUCAUCACACUCAAAGAUGUCUAUGACGAUGGAAAAUUUGUAUACCUUGUGAUGGAACUGAUGCGAGGAGGAGAACUCUUAGAUAGAAUACUUCGACAGAAAUGCUUUUCAGAACGAGAGGCUAGUGCCGUUCUCUGUACCAUUAGCAAGACUGUGGACUAUCUGCAUUCCCAGGGUGUUGUUCAUCGAGAUCUGAAACCUAGUAACAUUUUGUACAUGGACGAAUCAGGGAACCCAGACUCUAUCAGAAUGUGUGAUUUUGGAUUUGCCAAACAACUGAGAGCUGAGAAUGGUUUACUAAUGACACCAUGUUACACAGCCAAUUUUGUAGCACCUGAGGUCCUGAAACGGCAGGGUUACGAUGCAGCCUGCGACAUCUGGAGCUUAGGGAUUUUGUUGUAUACCAUGUUAGCAGGAUUCACCCCUUUUGCAAAUGGGCCAGACGAUACCCCAGAGGAAAUUCUGGCUAGAAUUGGCAGUGGAAAAUAUGCUGUCACAGGAGGGAACUGGGAUUCCAUAUCUGAUGCUGCAAAGGAUAUUGUGUCAAAAAUGCUUCAUGUAGAUCCUCAUCAGCGCUUAACAGCAGCCCAAGUUUUAAGACACCCGUGGAUAGUAAACAGGGAGUAUCUCUCCCAGAAUCAGCUCAGCAGACAAGAUGUUCACCUUGUAAAGGGUGCAAUGGCAGCCACCUACUUUGCUUUAAACCAAACACCUCAAGCACCAAGGCUGGAACCGGUAUUGUCCUCCAACCUGGCCCAGCGAAGGGGGAUGAAAAGAUUGACCUCAACGAGGUUAUAGUGGUCCCAAAAAGGCCUGUUUAAAUAACAAGAAAACACUUACCCAAUAUAUUGAUCAGAGACGCUGGUCUAUAUUCCUAAUUCUGCAGGACUCCUGGCACACAAAUUGUUUUAAUCAGCAAAACUUCAGUUUAAGGCAAAGUUAUUCUUUGCUUUCAGAUAUUUUUGGGUUCUGUUUUUUACAUUACCACCAAGAUAGCAAAUACUCAGAAAUGUGCCAUUUUUCAAUUGCUGUAUCGCUUCUUAUUUAAGUAUCAACUGCUGACAUCUUGUUCUCUCCUCCUCCUUUAAUCCAAAUGCUAUUUUUGGAAUUAUAGAUGCUCUGUAAGACCACUUUUUGUAAGCACCUUUCAACAGAUUCAAUUUUAGGCAUCAGUUCUACUAGCAUCUGUGUUUGGUGUAUUGUCACCACUAGCAAUUAAUACAGCUAUCUGUCAUUAGCUGUACUAAGGUUUGUCUCCAACGAGUUGAAUAUGUCAUGAUGUGUGAUGCCAUAAAAACAAUGUCCUAUUAGGAGUGAAGGGAGGAAAAAAGAGCUGGAGACAUACUUGUGCUGUUAAAGGAAAAUAAAUAUUUUUAUGAGUUUGGACCAGAUGAAGGCAUGGAAGGGAGAUUAGAGUUGUGCUCAUUGACAUGUCAUCCAUACACUGAAGGCUCCUAUUUGAUAAGGCCUCCUUUCUUGACCAAAAAUACACAAUCUGAUUUAUCUUGGACAAAGGGAUUUUAUUUAUGGAAAGUGACUAUGUGUGGUCAAUUGCACCUAACCACUAUACAUAUAUAUCUGCCUGGAAGUUAGAGGUGGAACCAGAAGAUAGGACUUCAAUCCUCCUCUUCCAAUGAUGCAUUCAUAACUACAUGAAUGAAUACAAGCACUGUGCUUCAUAAGCUGUUACAGACUUUCCUAUUAUAUCAACUUGAGAUAGUGAUCUUUUGUUUACUGGUUUAAUGUUAAACUAAUAGCUUAUUGUGACAGGCUAAGAUAAAACCAUCUACUGCCCAAGAGAGAAAAUUUAGCAGAAGAGCUUCAGCAGGCAAAGUUUGUAUUAUUUCUUAUAUCAAAGGGAGCAAGCAUGUAUAUGAUGUUAUUCCUUCAUAACAUUUCCCUAAAAGUCUUGAAAGAUUAUUGAAAAAAUUGGUACCUUUUAUGUGUCACUGAUGCUUCAUAUCCAUCAACCCAGAUUGCACCAUUGGCCGUAACCAAGUGCAGAUUUAAACAUGCUCCAUAGUACAAUCCUAUACUUCUUUACUCAGAAGUUUCAUAACGUGACUGUCUCUCAAGUAACUUAGUAUAGAAUUGCACCCUAAGCCUUUGGAAUCAGUGGCCUUUGGAGCACUCAGUUCUGAGUUGUAUUGUGAGGAUUAUUUUAAGCACUUUACUUGACUUUUACUUUCAGAAUGGAUUUUGCCACCUGCUAAAAGUGUGCAGGAAAAAGCGUAUACUGCAUCAUUUUUCAUUUAUUCUUGGGGAGAAACUGUGAAGUCAGGGUAUUGCAUCCUACAGAUUUUUGUUGUUGUUGUUGAGAAGUUACGCCAUUUUGGUGCUAAGCACAGUUUGAGAGAUUUGUAUUAAUUGAGCCUGCAUACACAAAAGAGCAAGAAACUGCAUUAGCUGCUGUAGUGUGCUUCUUGAUGUUUGUUUCUGUGUUCAACAAAAUGUUAUAUUUAUUUUAUUUUGUCCUUAAUUUUUAAAUUAUAUUUAAUGUUCAUUUUGAUGUGCUGUGCACACAGGACUGCAGCAGAGCAGCUGUUCUUCAAGUUUGACUUUUCAAAUAAAAUAGUGCUGGGAAACACCAUAAAAGUGAGUGAGCUGUCUUAAGCAUAAAAAAAUAUGACAAUGUUUGAGGAUUAGAAAUUCUGAAUGUGUGGUCCUGCUUGGUAACAGAAUAGAGACAGGAUG